UAUUGCACCUGCGCACCCGUCCGGAGGUAGUCACCACCACCCACUCCAAACUACACCUCCCCUUAUUGUUUCUUUAAAAGUUAUGUGAAGAGCGAAGGAGGCAGAGGGACAAGGCACUUCAAGAUUCGUUUGGAGUUGUAGAGACAUUGUUUUACUUAUCAGGGUGCAAGUUUGUUUCAACAUGAGGCUGCUGGCUUUAAUGUUAGCUGUGGGGCUUGUUCGGGCAACACAAGGAUAUAGUCCACGUGGCCAUCCUCACCCAAAGACAGAUUGCAAUGGAAACAUCCCACAAGCUUCCUCAACUCCCCAGCAGCUGACCAGCCCUGGGUACCCAAACAACUAUGGUAACAACCUGAAUUGUAGGUGGACAAUCCAGUCAGCAUCAGGGACGAUUAUCCACCUCCACUUCAUAGCCUUCGGUUUGGAGGACGGGUAUGAUAACCUCAACAUUUUUGAUGGAUCAGCAGGCUCCACACCUGCACAGAGUCUAACAGGCAACAAUUUGCCCAGUGACUUUGACAGCAGUGGAAACACAGUGGUUGUCCAGUUCACUAGUGAUCAGUCUGUGGUGCAACCAGGCUUCCUGUUGGAGUAUACUGAGGUGUCAGCUAGCAGCUGUCCAAAUCCAGGUAUUCCAGACAAUGGGCAGGUGGUUUCAGGUGGAGCUCCCUUUGGUGUGGGCAGCCAGGUCACAUUUAGCUGUAAUCAAGGGUUCAACCUGGUUGGCCAGGCCACCAUCACAUGUAAUGCGGGGACAGCAGGAGGGCCAGCUUCCUGGGACAACCCUGCUCCAACAUGCAAUGGAGGUUCCUGUGGUGGUACAUUUGUGGAUGCAUCAGGAACCAUCACUAGCCCAGGGUAUCCUGUAGGAUACGGCAACAAUGAGAACUGUGUGUACACCAUCAGAGCACCCAGUGGAAACUAUAUCAGACUGGACUUUCAGGCAUUCGGGCUGGAGCAAAAUUUUGACUUUCUGAAAAUUUUGGAAGGUGGAACUGAAACUCAAAGAUACUCUGGACAAAGCCUCCCACCAACUUACAUCAGCAGCACAAAUACAGUUCAACUCAGGUUCACCAGUGAUGCGAGUGUAACAGGCCAGGGCUUCAGUCUCAUCUAUUCUUUUACUACCAGUCCAACUGCUGGUCCUGUGGGGACCUGUCCUGACCCAGGGAGCAUUUCCAAUGGCAACAGAAACCCUCCCCCCUCUGGCUCCACUUUCAAUGUUGGAGACACGAUCACGUACAGUUGUAAUGCUGGAUUCCAACUAGUUGGAGCGACCACCUUAAACUGCACAGCAGGAUCACCUGGUACAACCCAACCAGCAGGCUGGGACAGCACACCUCCAACAUGCCAGAUCAUAGCAACACCUACCAGUGGGACUGGGUGUGGAGGUGCCCUGACAGCCCCCUCUGGAGGACCUGUCUCCUCACCCAACUAUCCCAGUGACUAUGGCAACAAUGAGCUUUGUGAGUGGUCAAUCACUGUACAGACAGGAAGCACGAUUCGCCUCACUUUCAGCGCUUUCAACAUCGAGUCAAACUAUGAUUUUCUGUACAUCUAUGAUGGAGCCAGUGAUACUUCUUCACAGUUGCAAAGGUUAACAGGUCAACAGUCAGUUGAUCCUAUCACCAGCACAUCUAACAUGAUGUUCCUGAGAUUUACAUCUGAUCAGUCUGUCACAGGACCUGGCUUCCAAUUCUCCUACACAAGUAUUACUACAGGUCAAUGCAAUGAUCCUGGAGUGCCUGACAAUGGGAACAGGGAUAAUGACAGUAACUUUGGAGUCGGACAGACAGUCACAUACAGCUGUUCGGCUGGGUACCAGCUGCAGGGGACUGCCACAAUCACCUGCCAGUCAAACGGGAUGUGGAGUGAUGCUUUACCAACUUGUGAAGCAUCCUGUGGUGGAACAUACACAGACCAGUCAGGAGUGAUCAACUCUCCCGGCUAUCCCAACUCCUACCCCAACGAUGCCCAGUGUAUCUGGACCAUCCUGGGGGGCACAACGUCCAGUGGAACCCCACGCCUGAUCGAGCUCACCUUCAACAUCUUCAGCCUGGAAGCCAAUUAUGACUUUGUGUACGUCUAUGACGGCUAUGCCAAUGGUACUGUACUAAACAGGUUUACUGGCACAAAUACUCCAGACCAACAGAGAAGCACAUCCAACGUUCUGUCCAUCAAAAUGACUACAGAUGGGUCUGUGCAACAGACUGGCUUUCAAGCAGCUUAUCAAAUCUUGGGAUCUGUGACCUGUACAAACCCUGGAGCCCCCCAGUUUGGCAGCAUGGUGACCAGUGUCAUUGGAAACACCUUUUCUGUGGGUGCACAGGUCACCUUCAGCUGUGAUCCAGGCUAUGACCUGAGUGACAACUCACCUAUAACCUGUCAGAGCAAUGGCCAGUGGUCCGGACCAGUGCCCACAUGCGAUGCUGCUUGUGGUGGUCAGCGUACAGAGUCCUCAGGAACCAUCCAGUCUCCUGGUUACCCUGGUCAGUACGAAAACAACCUGAACUGUGAGUGGGUCAUCACCUCCCCCAGGGGCGCUGUGGUACAGCUCCAGUUUGAAAGAUUGGACCUUGAGGAUGGCUAUGAUUUUCUGGAAGUUCGUGAUGGGGCAGACGGUUCCUCACCAAUGCUUCAGCGCCUGACAGGCUCUAACACCCCAAAUGCCAUCAGUAGCACGGGCAGCUCUCUGUACCUUAAACUUGUCACUGAUUACAGUGUCACUCAAACUGGCUUUAGGGCAACCUUUAAUGAUGAGGUAUCCUUAGCCUGCCCUGAUCCUGGUGUCCCUGCCCAUGGCAAUCGUGAUGGUGACUUUUUCUAUGUGGGAAACACUGUCACCUUUUCUUGUGACCUUGGCUAUGUCAUCAGUGAUGCCACCCCCCUUACCUGCCAGACUGGUAACACACCCUCAUGGUCUGGACCAACACCAACAUGUGAUGCUCUCUGUGGUGGUUACCUCACUGCUACAGAAGGGAUUGUCUUGUCCAAGAACUACCCUAACAACUAUGGAAACAACCUGAACUGUAACUGGACUGUUGCAGUCACACCAGGAAAAGGCAUCAACUUUCAAUUUAACACAUUCAGCUUGGAGGCCAAUUAUGACUAUUUGCGGCUCUACACUGGUGAUGACCCAGGCACAGCAGUGCAGUCAUAUACAGGACAGACCUUACCCAGCCCAUAUUCUGCAAACUAUCACAUUGUCUUUCUAGUCCUAUCAUCUGAUCAAUCAGUGUCUUCCUCUGGAUUUAACAUCAGCUAUACCACCUUUGACCUGACAGCAAAUUGUGCAUUUCCUGGUAACAUUGACAACGGUUACAACAACCAGGGCAGUGGCCAAGUUUUCCUUGUGGGGGAGUCCAUUAUGUAUGGCUGCAGCCCUGGUUAUAACCUCAUCGGGACAGCAACACUCACAUGUGUGAACGGGAACCCUGCACAUUGGAAUCAUCCUCUACCUCAGUGUCAAGCCCAGUGUGGUGGUCUACACAAUGGACCAAUAGGUAAUAUUGUGUCCCCUGGGUAUCCCAACAACUACCCCAACAACCUACCGAACUGUGCUUACGAGAUCACGGUGAACCCAGGCGAAGGGAUAAGGCUAAGGAUUACAGACUUUGAGACAGCUGGCCCUGGUGACACACUGACAAUCUAUGAUGGCACUCAGUCUUCCCCAUCGCUCGGAACCUUCAGUGGAAAUCAGCUGACACCGGGCCAGAUGUUCAACUCUUCCUCAUAUCGUAUGUUUCUGAUGUUCAUCACUGACGGUUCAGGCCAGGCAAAGGGUUUCAGUAUUUCAUACGAAUCAUAUACCCUUUCAUCCGAGUGCCCUGACCGAGGCAAUCCACAAAAUGGAUAUGUGGUGCAGAUUACAGGGUAUGGAGUGGGAGCCUUUGCCAGAUAUGACUGUAAUGAAGGCUACACUUUCCAAGGCAACCGGACUAUCACCUGUGUGAGAAGUAACCCUCAGUCUAGUCCACACUGGGACAGUGACCUGCCAACAUGUACAGCUGCAUGUGGAGGAAACAUUCAAGUUCGUAACCCAGGGUCCACAGGGCUGAUCUUGUCCCCUGGGUACCCAGGACUGUACUCUAACUACCUUGGCUGCACAUGGACACUACAGGCUCCAGCUGGACUAUUAUUCACUCUACAGUUCAACACCUUGGACAUAGAGACUUGUGGCAGUGACAGAAGUUGUACCUGUGACUAUCUGAUUAUCCGUGACGGUGAUUUGGCUACAUCUCCCAUGGCCGGGGGAGGGCGCUUCUGUGGGCAGACUCUGCCUCCUGACAUCAAUCUCAACAACACUAACGCCAUCCGCAUCGAGUUCCACACGGACCUGUCAGUCACAAACCAAGGCUUCUCCAUAAGAUACACAAGUUAUCUUCAAACAGUGUGUAACGACCCAGGAACCCCGAUGAAUGGUUCCAGGACUGGUGGCAGUUCUUUCAGUGUUGGUGACACGAUCUACUUCCAGUGUGACCCUGGAUACGUUCUGUCAGGUGUUAGUUAUAUCACCUGCCAGGGCAACUCACAGGCUGGCGUGUCGUGGAGUGGGCGUACUCCAACAUGUGAAGCACCUUGCGGUGGUCGUUUCACGGACCCGUCAGGCCUGAUCCUGUCCCCUGGUUACCCCAGCUAUCCCCACAGCAGUGACUGUACCUGGAGUAUUGUGGUGCAGCAGGAUAGGGUGGUGGAGCUGACUUUUAUAUAUUUCCAGACUGAGACAGGCUAUGACUACAUGAACAUCUAUGACGGGACCAACUCCUCAGCCCAGCUGGGAGACCAGUACACAGGCCACCUGUCUGAGCAGGGUAACCUGCCUGCACCACUCAGGAGCAGUGGCAACCAGAUGACUAUAGUGUUCCAUAGUGACUCUUCAGUUGGUGGGGAUGGCUUUCAGCUGAGAUACCAAGCCAUCCGUAGGACCUUUUGUCUACCCUUGACUGCACCCAUGAAUGGAACCAUGAUUGGCAGCAACUUCAACAUCUUCAGUACUGUCAGCUUCUCCUGUGAUGAUGGUUAUGAGUUACCCUCAUCAUGUAACCAGGGAGGCCGCUGUGUCCUGACUUGUACUUCAGUCUCAGGGACACCAACUUGGGACAAACCUGUCCCUACCUGCACAGCGCCAUGUGGAGGAGACAGACGACCACUAGUGGACAUGUCAGAAGUAAUUGUUUCUCCAAACUACCCAAGGGACUAUGACAACUCCCUGGGUGGCUGUGUCUGGUCUAUUUCUGUGGACCCUGCUUAUGUUGUGCAUUUUGAGUUUGUGGUGUUUGAGACAGAGCCACAGUUUGAUACCCUGACCAUCUACAAUGGACCCUCAUCAUCAUCACCAGCCCUUGUCAGCCUCAGUGGUACACACUCAGGGGAAAACUAUUUGAGCACACAGAGCAAUGUCCAGAUGAGUUUUGUAACAAAUGCACGAGUCACAGCAAGGGGAUUUCACGCUAUCAUUACUGCUGUGCAUGGUACAAGUACCUCCUACUGCCAGGACCCAGGGGUGCCUGAGUUUGGCAGUCGUCAGGGGAAUAACUUUGCGGUUGGCCAGUCCGUGACAUUUUCCUGUGACCCUGGGUUUGUACUGAAUGACACUGCUGUCCUGGUGUGUGAGACAUCCUCAACUAUAGCCAUGUGGAACGGAACACUUCCGGGCUGUGUGGGUGGUUGUGGUGCCUAUAUAACUGGUCAUACCUCUGGCUACAUCUAUUCUCCCAACUACCCUGGACAAUAUGGCAACAACCAAAACUGCCAGUGGACAGUUGAGGCCAGUCUUGGGGAGGGAGUGAAGCUGACAGUGGAGUCCUUCAUCUUAGAGGAGUCGUACGACAAGCUCAAAAUCUACGAUGGAGGCUCUGCGAAUGCCUUCUUACUGGGAGAGUAUACAGGAACCACCAUUCCCAGGGAAAUCAGGGCCACAUCCAACAUGAUCUACUUGGUCCUUACUACAGACUACUCAGUCACUGAUGCAGGCUUCAAGAUCCGUUAUGAAACAUAUGGCUUGGUCAGUGCACCAUGUCCAGACCCUGGCAUCCCAGACAAUGGCUACAGGACUGGGGACAGUUUUGUUGUGGAUGCAGUCGUCUCAUUUGGCUGUAAUGAGGGCUACACUUUGGUUGGCCAUGAGCAUAUCACCUGUAUGCCUGGAAACAGGAGGGACUGGAACUAUCCUCCCCCCACCUGUGAAGCUCUGUGUGGAGGGUCAUUGACAGAGGACACUGGACUGAUCUACUCACCUGGCUGGCCAGGAGGCUAUGAUCACGGACAAAACUGUACCUGGACCAUCACUGCCAGUGGUCGAACUGGAAUUGAGUUGAGGUUCCAGAACUUCAGUCUGGAGCAGGACUAUGACUACGUGUCCCUGUACGAUGGUCCCACCACCAACUCCCCUCUACUGGGCAGGUUCACUGGACAGACACUUCCUCCUGUGCUGUAUUCACAGUCCAAUGAAGUCGUCAUUACAUUGACAACUGACAGUUCAGUGAAGGAUGAUGGGUUUGCACUUCAGUAUGAAGCAUUUCUUGCACGAGACUGUGUCACACCACCGGCGCUGCAAAAUGGUCACAUUAUUGGGACCAGCUAUGCGACAGGCUCGGUGAUUCGGUAUGAGUGUGAUGAGGGUUUCAUCGUGAGUGGCCCGCCUGUUCUUACCUGUCAGCAGGACACCCUGACAUGGAGUAACCCUUUCCCCACUUGUGACGCUCCAUGUGGUGCCAACUACACAGCCCUUUCGGGCACCAUCCUGAGCCCAGGCUACCCUGGGUCAUAUGGUAACCAGCGGGACUGCCGCUGGCUGAUCAUGCUGCCACAGGGCAUGGCUGUACAGUUCAGCUUUGACCUGUUUGAUGUGGAGGAUGGGUAUGACUAUCUCACCUUCAGAGAGGGCCUUACUACAUCCUUACCUGUCACAGUCCAGCUGACUGGUGUUCAAGCAAAUGACACCUACAUUCCCUCCAAUAAUGUGCUGGUACAGCUCACCUCGGACUACUCAGUUGACGGCAAGUUCAUGAUGCGCUACACAGGUGUUGCUUCCCGGAGCUGCCCGACACUACCAGAUGUACCAAACUCUGUGCGGAUAGGAGAUGGCAGUGCUAUCGGGGAUGUGGUGAGAUAUGUGUGCAACCGUGGGUUCACCAUUACGGGGGCUUCCACCCUGACCUGCAGGGGUGGUAACAUCACAGCCUGGGACAACAGCCCACCAACAUGUACAGUGUUGUGCACAACUAAUGACGACCGUUCAGAUGGCAGCGGUGUGAUCCUGAGUCCAGGCUACCCUAAUAACUACCCCAUCAAUACCAUCUGUGGCUGGACACUGCAUGGGUGUAAUGGACACCCUGUCACUUUAUUUUUUGAGUCUUUCCAGUCAGAGGCCAGAUAUGACAAACUUGAAGUAUUUGAUGGAACGACUGAUGCAGGCACUGCAGCUGUGACCUACACUGGACGCCCCAAUCCUGUAGCCAACUACACCAGUCCAGGGGCAGUCAUCUUCCUCAAAUGGACCAGCGAUUCUUCCAUUACAGAUUCAGGCUUUGUACUUAUCUACCGAUCAUCCUGUUGCAAUGACCCAGGAAUACCAGACAAUGGCAACAGACAAGGAAACAGUUUUAACCCCAAUGACAGAGUGACAUUCAGUUGUAAUGCUGGGUAUACCCUGGUGGGACAAGCCACCGCCACUUGUCAGCUGAUGGGAAACUAUGCAUAUGAGUGGACCAGCCCUGCACCUAUCUGCCAAGCCACCUCCUGUGGCAUGCCCCGAGCCCCUGCCAAUGGAAUCAUUGAUGGGAAUGACUUUACCAUUGGCUCUACUGUGACUUACAAGUGCAACCUGGGAUAUCGUCUGCCAGCCUCUGCUGUCAUGCAGAUCACCUGUGGUGCCAAUGGGUGGAGCAGCAAACCACCAGCCUGUCAAAUUAACAGAUGUGCCCAGCUGCCAAUCCCCCCCAAUGGUGGAUACAGAUAUGUUGCUGGGGCAAAUGCUACUUACAACUCUGUCAUACAGUACACUUGCAAUGCUGGAUACAACAUACAGGGGUCACAACAGCGCCAGUGCCAAGCCGAUGGCACAUGGAGUGGUACUGAUGUGCAGUGUGUAGCGGAGGGAUGUAGAGAUCCAGGAAUUCCCACGAAUGGAAAUCGUCAAGGCAACAGCUUCACCUACGGAUCCACAGUGAUUUACAGCUGUAACGAGGGCUUCAGACUGGUUGGCAGCUCCUACCUCACCUGUCAAUCAAACCGUGAAUGGAAUGGCGAAAUGCCUGUCUGCAUCCCAAUAACAUGUGGGGAUCCAGGUGUUCCAUACUACGGUGACAGGGAUGGUGAUAGCUUCAACUACGGCAAUAUCCUUAACUUUACCUGCAAUGAUGGGUACAUCCUACAGGGGGCACCUAUCAUACGAUGUGAGCAGAAUGGAUUAUGGAGCAACCCUAUCCCAACCUGUACAGCUGUUGACUGUGGUGACCCAGGAACAAUAGAACAUGGUCACAGUGUGGCUCAAGCUGGAACGACCUACGGUGUGACUAUAGAGUACUUCUGUGACAAUGGAUACUUCAUCUAUGGCUCUUCCUCCAUACGUUGUCAGACUAAUGGCCAGUGGGAUGGCACCAAGCCAGAAUGUCGCAUUGUUGACUGUGGGGACCCUGGCACAUCACCCAAUACUAACAAGGGAGGAGACACAACUACAACAUUUGGGUCGACUGUCACAUACAUCUGCACAUCAGGACACACUAUCGUUAGUGGUGACACGAGUCGUACAUGCCAGGCAGAUGGAACAUGGAGUGGCUCAGCUCUCCACUGCUCUGGGUCUACAACCACUUGUGGUGAUAUUGGGGACCCACCCCAUGGGCGAUUUGUGCCCAAGAAGAGCACAUACAACCCCAAUGACCAGAUCACAUUCAGCUGUGACACAGGAUACAACCUACAGGGCAGCCAGUCUCUCACAUGCCAGUCUGGUGGAGCUUGGAGCAGCACCAGACCUGACUGUAUAAUCCAGAGCUGCGGUGACCCAGGUCGCCCUUCCAAUGGGAACUACAACUCCACAGGGUUCACCUACAGUAGUACUGUCCUGUUUAGCUGUAACCCUGGCUACAUGUUGACUGGCACCCCAUCCAAGUACUGCACAGCAACAGGAGAGUGGAAACCAGAUGGCUCCCCCAUAUGCAUGGUUGUAAACUGUGGAGAUCCUGGUAUUCCUGCCAAUGGUGUGAUCACAGGCAGUGAGUUCACAUACGGGCACUUUGUCACCUACACCUGUAUCACUGGACACAGUCUGAUUGGUCAGGCUAACCGCACCUGCCAGGCCAAUGGACAGUGGAGCAACAGUCUGCCUGCUUGUCAGGUUGUUAACUGUGGAGCCCCACCACCUGUCCCAUACAGCACUGUGGAAGGCAAUAGCUACACGUUUGGCAGCAGUGUCUCAUACAACUGUUCCACAGGAUACAGGCUGAUUGGUCCUAACGUACUUACAUGUAGAGCUAAUGGAUAUUGGGGAAGCAACCUGCUGGGGACAACGCAAUGUGUCCCUGUAUCUUGUGGCGACCCUGGUGUCCCGGCUAAUGGCCAACGACAGGGGAGCCGCUUCACCUUCGGAAGCAGAGUGACCUUCACUUGUGACGAAGGGUACAUCCUGAUUGGAACCAAUCAGCAGCAGUGCAUGGCUGACGGAAGAUGGAGUCCAUCCUCUUUACCUGUCUGUCAAACUGCCACUCAGCAGUCCUGCCGUGACCCCGGAUCACCAGAUCAUGGCAGCCGAAACGCCACCAGCUUCCUCCCUGGAGCUAUCGUCCGUUUCCACUGCCAGGACGGCUACCACAUCCUGGGCCCCACCAGUCUGAUCUGUGACCCAGCCACGCUGAGCUGGAAUGGCCAGCCACCAACCUGCGUCCCCCACAACUGCGUGGAGCUGGAGGCUCCAGACCAUGCAAACAUUGUUUCAGUGAGCGACCUGCAAGGUCAGGGGUACACAACUAUCUUCACCUGUCAGCGUGGAUAUACACAGACCAGCGGAGACACGAUCAGGGUCUGUCAGGACAACGGACAGUGGAGUGGGAAACCUAUUGUCUGUGAAGUGGGAAGUAAGCCUAGUGAGAAGCCACCUACUGUCCUCUAUCCAACCACGCCUGAACCCAAGCCCACUGUGCCUGUGCAAGCCUUUGUAGAGGAGCAGAUCUGGACUGGUUUUUAUGAAUACAAAGGCAGGAAGCACCCCUGUACGCUCACCAUCACAGCUGUGCUGCAGAGCUCCUUUACCAUUAUCGGAGACUUUGAUGAUGGCUCUUCCUCCUUCACUCUUUUAGGAACCUACAAGCCAGCAGAGAACGCUCUGACCCUUCUUGGUUCAGACCUCACACUGGCUGAUCCAAGUAACUUCAUGGGACUUACCAGAGUAACAUUUGAUGGAUAUUUGUACUACAUUGCAGGAGGCUUAAUGUACAGUGGAGAUAUCCUGGCAACUGACUUUGGGAGCUUUGAUCUCCAAAUCUCAAGUUCAGAGAUUCCCAAUUCAAAGCCCCAGUCAGGUAAGGGUCUGAGUGGAGGUUCCAUAGCUGCUGCUGUGUUGGUGCCCAUCCUCUGUCUGGCUGUACUUGCCCUGGGAGUUUAUGCCUGGCACCUCAAGCGUACUGGCCAGAGGUUCAGCUUCUUCAGCCGUUAUGGGGAGGGAGACGAUGAUGCUUCAUUUGAAAAUCCAUGUUACAACACAGCUGAAGGGGUAAGUUGUGAUUUUUUUUGUAGCAAUUAAAAGAUGAGCUAACUUUGUAGUAGCAUUUCUACUUUUGGUAAUACAUUGAAGAGUUGUUAUAAUUUGAGUGUGAUCUCAUAUUUGCUCAGUGCAAGAGCUUCAGCAGUAAGAA